AUGGCGCUGUACUGGGACAGCACCGCUAUCAAGAUGUCACCUUAUCGUAUUGACCUUCGCGGUUUUAUGGUCUACACUAUGAAGGCGCUACUGGUAUCAGUGGCGCUUUUCCACGCCUUAGAAGCGUUUUCGUUGUCGUUCUUCUCUAGUCAGCCUUCUACACCAUACCUGCAUCCUCUGUCUCCUCCUGAAACCAGCCCAGCCUCUGCAAGAGCUAAGCGACAAGCCUAUCAGGUAUAUGUUGAUGGCGAGUCAUCCGUGAGUCUUGACAAAACCGGACAAACAGAAUCGGGACCGUGGGGACAGUGGACACCUGAGGAAUGUUCGCGAACAUGCGGCGGUGGAGUGCAAAUCGAAAAGCGACAGUGCUCCGGAGACUGCACCGGUCCGUCGGUCCGCUACGUCUCCUGUAAUCUCGAUCCAUGCGCCGAAGGUACAGAUUUUCGAGCCGAGCAGUGCGCCGCUCACAAUGACGACGCCCUGGAUGGCAGCUAUCACAAAUGGCAACCAUACAAAGGAAAGAAUAAAUGUGAACUGCUGUGCAAACCCGAAGGCGGCAAUUUCUACUAUAAGUGGGACGAGAAAGUCGUCGAUGGCACCAAGUGCGACGCCAAGGGUGAAGAUAUUUGCGUGGAUGGUGUUUGUCUUCCAGUUGGAUGCGACGGGAAACUCGGAUCUGCUCUGAAAGUCGACAAAUGCGGUGUUUGUGAUGGUGACGGCUCGAAAUGCAAAACAAUAGAAGGCACAUUUGACGAGCGAAACCUUUCACCUGGAUAUCAUGACGUCAUGCGGCUACCUGCUGGUGCCACAGCAAUCAAAAUCGAAGAAGCUCGGCCGAGUUCCAAUAAUCUGGCGUUGAAAAACUCGUCGGAGCACUUUUUCCUGAAUGGAAAUUCGAUGAUCCAGGUGGAAAAAGAUGUGGAGUUGAACGGAGUGCACUUUGAAUAUGAUGAUUCAAAGCCUGAACGUAUCACAGCGAAGGGACCGUUGAAGGAGGAUGUUACCGUAUCAGUGUUAUUCCGCAAAGGAAACCGCGAUGCGGCGAUCAAGUACGAAUUUUCGAUACCUCUCAUGGAGGAUGUCGACUAUAUGUACAAACCUGGAGAGUGGUCAUCGUGCUCAGUGACUUGUGGAAAAGGUGUGAUGACUCGUACCCCGUACUGUAUCGACACGAAAUCACAGCGACGAGUAAAUGAUGCUCUUUGCGAUAACGCCAAUUAUACUAAGCCUGAGCAUGAGAAACCGUGCGAGACUGUCGACUGUGAUUCCGAAUGGUUCGAAGGCGAUUGGGAGCCAUGCUCACAAACUUGCGGUGAUGAAGGAGAACAGUAUCGCGUGGUUUACUGUCACCAGAUUUUCGCAAAUGGUCGUCGUGUCACCGUUGAGGACGGGAAUUGCACCUCCGAGCGACCAUCGGUACGGCAAGUAUGUAACAGAUUUUCGUGCCCUGAAUGGCAAGCCGGCCCUUGGUCAGCCUGUUCAGAGAAGUGUGGAGAUGCUUUCCAGUAUCGAUCGGUGACUUGCAGAUCAGAAAAAGAGGGAGAAGAAGGAAAGCUACUUCCAGCAGAAGCAUGUGAUUCCGAAAAAACAGUAGAAUCGCAACGCAGCUGCAAUCUUGGACCGUGUGAAGGUCUCAAAUUCUUCACUACUGACUGGAAAUUGUGUUCAAAAUGUAAUGACACUGAGGAAACCCGUGAAGUUACAUGCAAAGACAACAUGGGUAGAGCUUAUCCAUUGGAGAAAUGUUUGACUGAGGAAGAGAAAGAAAUUCCAUCCGACACGAGAGCUUGCGCCACCCAACAGCCGUGCAUCUACGAAUGGACUGCCAGCCAAUGGUCUAAAUGUUCAACGGAAUGCGGACAUGGACACAAAACCAGACGAGUGAUUUGUGCUAUCCAUGAAGAAGGCGAUAUUACGAUAGUUGACGAAGCUCUGUGCAGUGGUGAGAAGCCGGAAGACAGGACAAAUUGCACCAACGAGGAGAAAUGUACUGGAACGUGGUACAACAGCCCAUGGUCUCCCUGCAGUGCUGAAUGUGGUGGAGGAACUCAAGAAAGAGUAGCCGUUUGUUUAAACUACGACAAGAAACCUGUGCCGGAAUGGUGUGAUGAGGCCACGAUGCCAGUUCUCACUCAGGAAUGCAAUCUUGAUCCUUGUCCAACUUGUUUCGACUCCGAGUUUGGUUGCUGCCCGGACAACACAACUUUUGCGACAGGAGAGUUCAACCAGGGAUGCUCAAACUGCACCUUAAGCGAAUUUGGUUGCUGCGCUGACAACUAUACGGAGGCCACUGGCAAAAACAGCAUGGGUUGCGAAGAGUUUGUCGAGUCACCGUUGAAUCUCGAUGAAGGCAAGGAGCAGGAAGGAUCUGGCGAUCAUGACGCUAAGCCUACGGAAUGCCAAGUCACCAAUGAAGAGGGUGAGAUGGCCACUGUCGACUGUGCCGUUGCUAACUCUACAGCUACAGACGUUGAGGACCUCUUCGGUAAUGGAACCGACACUAAUGUCACUAUGCAUUGUUCGAAAUCUGAAUUUGGAUGCUGUCCGGACUGGUUUACGCCCGCGGAAGGACCGAACAACGCCGGUUGCCCUGUAUUUGUUCUUGGAGUCUGUAACGAAACAGAAUACGGUUGCUGCCAUGAUGAUGUCACGUUGGCACGUGGACCAAACCUUGAAGGUUGUGGUGAACCCACUUGUGCUGGAUCUCUUUAUGGGUGUUGUAAGGAUCGCAAGACUAUCGCUUUUGGACCACAUUAUGCCGGAUGCGAGAGAUCUUCCUUCCCUUGUGAGCUGUCCUCGUUCGGUUGCUGCUCCGAUGGCGAGACAGCCGCACUUGGGCCUAAUGGCACUGGCUGUGGAGAGAAUUGUUUGACUACUAAAUAUGGUUGCUGCCCAGACGGUAAAGGCAUCGCGAAAGGUCAUCAUAAUGAAGGAUGCGGCUGCGUUUAUGCACAGUAUGGGUGCUGUCCUGAUGGAAAGACAUCUGCUAAAGGUGCCGGCUUCUACGGAUGUCCAGAUAGCUGCGCGCAAAGUCAAUUCGGAUGCUGUCCAGAUGGCAAAACGCCAGCUAGAGGGUCUCACAAAGAAGGCUGUCCUUGCCAGUACACUCGCUAUGGAUGUUGCCCAGAUGGAGAAACUACGGCUCUUGGACCCAGAAAUGACGGCUGCGACGAUUGCAGAUAUGCUAAGUAUGGCUGCUGCCCAGAUGGUGAAAACAAAGCCAUUGGUCCAGAUUACGCAGGAUGCCCAUCCACCACGCUUGCGCCAUUCCUUCUUGGAGGCACUGUUGCACCUUCAAAGAUCUCCUCAUGUGCCCUUCCACAGGAUCAGGGAACAGUGUGCUCGUCCGGAUACAAACUUGUGUGGUAUUACGACACUACUGAGGGACGUUGCUCACAAUUCUGGUACGGAGGUUGUGACGGUAACGACAACCGAUUUGCCACUAAGGAACAAUGCGAGACAAUUUGCGUUGAACCCCCAGGCAUUGGACGUUGCUACUUGCCGAAGGUCGAAGGACCGUUGAGAUGUGAUGUACCGCAGGCUAAAUACUGGUAUGACUAUAACACCAAGCAGUGUGCUGCGUUCUGGUGGAGAGGAUGUCACGGCAAUGCCAACAAUUUCGGCUCAUGGGAGGAGUGCAGCACUUUCUGCAAAGAUGUUGGACCAUUCGAGGUUCCAACCACAUCACCUCCUCCAUCACCACCUCAACCUUUCGUACAACCAGUGGAAGUGCCUGAAAUCGGCCAUGAGGUUGUUGCGCAUCCAGUCGUUGACGAGGUACCUACACCAAGAGUUGAAGAACGACGACGACAGCCAAUGCCGACUAUUGAGGAGGUAUGUAGAUCCACGCAGGACUCGGGACCCUGUCAGGAUUAUUCAGAUCAAUACUACUAUGAUGCAUAUAAAGGAACCUGUCAGACGUUCAUCUACGGUGGUUGCGGCGGAAACCUUAACAGAUUCCGGACGGAAGAGGAAUGCAUGCAAAGAUGUGGAUUCCUGAAUCCAACUGCUGUUGCUUCACAUGGUGGACAUCAAAUGAAUCCUAUGCAUCAAGGACAUGAACAUCAACCACAACAUCAGCCACAACAACAGCAACAACAACAGCAACAACAACAGCAACAACAACAUCAACAACAGCCACAACAUCCGGAACAACUGCGCCAACCAGAACUGGUACGACCACCGCCGCCGGUGGUUCCGCAGCAACAACCUUACGGAAACCAACCGCAUCCCCAGAUGAAGUCACGACAGGUGUGUCACCUACCGCUUGAUGUCGGAAAGUGCCAAGGAUCGUUUGACAGUUGGUACUAUGAAAUGGCCACCGGAUCAUGUGUUGAAUUUAAAUAUUCCGGAUGUUCGGGUAAUGCUAAUCGAUUUGCCUCGAGAGAAGAUUGCGAAUCGACGUGUGUUCGUCGAUCUGACGUUUCUACCAACGGAGAUUCCGGCCAGGAGACAACUUCCAUUUGCGACGAGAUUAAGGACACCGGUCCAUGCACCAACUUCGUAACUAAGUGGUAUUAUAAUAAGGCUGAUGGUACGUGCAAUCGAUUCCAUUACGGAGGUUGCGAAGGGACCUUAAAUAGGUUCGACAAUGAGCAAAGCUGUAAAGCAGCGUGCGCAAACCAUAGAGAUGCCUGCUCAUUGCCGAAAGUGCAAGGGCCAUGCUCGGGUAAACACGAAUAUUUUUAUUUCAACACUAUUUCACAACAAUGUGAGAAAUUCGUCUAUGGUGGAUGUCUGGGGAACACCAAUCGUUUCUCGACGCAGGAAGAGUGCCAAUCACGUUGUCAACAGCGUACGGAGGACAACGGUGACCGUCUUGUUGACUUGUGCGAACAGGCGGGCCUCAUCAUCGCUUCAGCGUUUGAAAGAACUCAUCGACGCCAUCAGCUCACAGGGAAAAGCGUCUUAGAAGGAAGUUGCGUACAACUACAACAAGACCGCGAUAACGAGUGGAGAUCGAGAGCGAAGGAGAUUGAAAAGGCGUGGGAGGACAAGAACCCGCGAAAAGCCUAUGCUCUAUUAAAGCAGUAUAGCGGCAGAAUGAAAAGACGUUUUCCUGUCCUCGACACUGCUAGUGGAAAGACCGCCGGUGAAGUAGCCUUUCCAAUUUGGAAGGAUCACUUCAAGAACUUGCUGAACCAGCAAGUGCCGUCAGCUCCUGAACUCCGGCACUUUCAUAGGCCGACAUUUGCGGUUAAGGAGGAACCAAAGACACAGCCGGAGGUCUUGGUCUGUAUUCAAAAAAUGAAGAAUGGAAAAUCUGGCGGAGACGACGGGAUUAGCGCAGAAAUGCUAAAAUAUCUUCCUUCGUCUGGGAUUCGUGAGAUGACAAAGAUCAUCCGUUCAAUAUGGAUAGACGAAAGGAUACCUGAUUCAUGGAGACACGCUAUCAUAAUUCCCCUCCACAAGAAGUUAUCCGUCACGGACCCCAUGAAUUAUCGAGGAAUCUCUUUGCUGCGUGUUAUGUACAAGGUAUUGGAGCGCACUAUCCUGGAGCGACUCAUUAAACAUCGCGAAGAAACAACGCGCGACGAGCAAGCUGGCUUUCGUCCUGACCGAUCUACGAUUGACCAGGUGUUCAUCGUCAGGAGAGUGAUCGAAAUCUGGCAGCGGUAUUCGAAGCCAAUGCAACUAGCGUUUCUGGACUUUGAAGCCGCGUUCGACUCUCCUCACCGAGGCCGUCUUCUCAACGCGCUGAGCGCCGAUGGAGUACCAGGAAAGUUCGUUCGCUUGCUUGAUGACAUGAAUCAACGAACAACUGCUGCAGUUCGAACACCAGCCGGAUGUACAACACUGUUUGAAGUGGUAACUGGAGUAAAACAAGGGGCAGUGGCAGGACCUUUCCUGUUCAAUUUCGCAGUCGACGACAUUAUGCGAAGAACAGUCGACCAAUGUCCUGCCGACAUUGUCUUAGCACCAUCUGGGUGCCCCUUGACUGACCUCGAGUACGCCGACGAUGUUGUUAUGUUCGCGGAAAGAAGUAAAUGCAAGCAGAUGUGGAUCUCUUCGAGACCACGAACGGGAAUCAGGGUGGACGGACAACCGAUAGAACUCGUCGAUGAGUUCUGUUACCUAGGCUGUACACUGAAGAACAAUGGCAGCUACGAGAGAGAUGUUCAGCAAAGAUGCGCUAAGGCCACUUCUGCAUUUAACUCCUUAACGAAAUGCCUGUGGUCGACCCCCAUCACCAACGAAGUCAGGCUGCGAGUCUAA